AUGAGGCUUAAAUGGUCUCACUUACAAAGCGAAGUCAAGAAAAAGGCUGCGAAAAAGAGAAAAGAUGAAAGAAAAACAGGUGGGGGCCCUUGUGAAGUGCCAGAUUUGACACCAAUAGAAGAAAAAAUCAUGGCCAUUAUUCCAACAGUGGCCAUAGAAGGAAUUCCAGGGGGCAUCGACACACUAGAUGAAUCCACUUUUAGGGAUGUAGCUCCACUAUCGCCUUGUACGGAGGCUUCUCAAUGCGAUUCCAGACCUCCGUUCGAGUCAACUCCAGAAACACAAUUUCUCGAGGAAGAUGCUUGGCAGCCACUGCAAAUAGUCUCACUAGGUAUAGGGUUAGGGCCAGAGAUGGAUGAAAACCCUACAGUAGUUAGCAGCGUCAGUUCCACUCCUCCCCAACCAGCACAACAGCAGAACGAAUAUGUUGACACGCAUAGAAAAGAUACUCAUCAUAAGAGGCGUCGCAGGGACCCAGGAGCAGAGAUGUCUACAAAAGAGGUAGAUAUAAUCCGCGUGGUGCAGGAGAGGUUGAAGCUCGAAACGGAGAGAUUACAUUGUGAGCAGCACCGGUUGGCGGCUGAACAGGAAUGCAUGCUUGACAUUGAGAAGCGCCGCCUUGAAAUCGAACAGCAGCGACUGGAGAUUGAGCUAAGGAGGGACACUGUUUCGCAAGGACACGAAUUUCAAACCUACUAG